CCCCGGGUGAUUACAGCGGCCCCUGGCCCCGGAGGAGCGCUGUGUUGUUCUCAGUGUCAGGCCGGAGGGGGCUCUGUGGACCUGGGGAGAGCGAUGCGCUGAGUCCCCGCGGCCUCUAUGGGCUCCCCGGCGGUGUAAUCCCGCACAGCCCGGAGCAGCAGAGCCAUGGAGGCCGAGCUCUACUUCCUGAUCGCCCGCUUCCUGCAGUCAGGACCGUGCCGGAGAUCUGCUCAGGCGCUGGCAGAGGAGUUGGAGGAGCACCAGCUGAUCCCGGAGCGCCUGGACUGGCAGGGGAGCCGGCACCGCAGGACGUACCCGGACCUGGUGGCCACCAACGCCCACAUCCCUCCAAAUUACCUGCUGAAGAUCUGUGAGCGCAUCGGGCCCAUCCUAGACCAGGAGAUCCCGCAGAGCGUCCCGGGGGUGCACAGCCUCCUGGGUGUAGGGAAGCAAUCUCUAUUACGGAGAGCGAAAGAAUUUAAGAAUUCCUCAUGGAAACCAUCAGGAUACGCGGCCCUGCAUCGGGGGCGGCCGCCAGAACUUCCCGCCAACUAUGGCAGGCCGCUCAGUGUUGUAAAAUUUGCCUCCUCCCGGGCGCUGACCGGCUGCACCCGCUUCCAGUACAUCUUCCCCUGCUCGUCAUAUCAGCACAUGAAAAUGCACAAGAGGAUUCUGGGUCACCUGUCGUCCGUGUACUGCGUUGCGUUCGACCGCAGCGGGAGGCGGAUUUUCACUGGCUCCGAUGACUGUCUUGUAAAGAUCUGGGCCACUGAUGAUGGGCGUCUCCUCUCCACGCUGCGCGGUCAUUCCGCCGAGAUCUCGGACAUGGCCGUCAACUACGAGAACACGCUGAUAGCGGCCGGCAGCUGUGACAAGGUGGUGCGGGUCUGGUGCCUGCGGACGUGUGCCCCAGUAGCUGUGCUCCAGGGACACACGGCGUCCAUUACUUCCAUACAGUUUUGUCCAUCAACUAAAGGUAAAACCCGAUACCUCACAUCCACUGGUGCUGACGGGACGAUCUGCUUCUGGCAAUGGAACGUGGACAACAUGACGUUCAACGAUCGGCCUCUGAAGUUCGCGGAGAGGUCCAGGCCAGGAGUCCAGAUCUCCUGCUCCUCCUUCAGUUCAGGAGGAAUGUUUGUGGCUACGGGCAGCACGGAUCACGUCAUAAGAGUGUAUUACCUGGGCUCCGGGGAGCCAGAGAAGAUCGCAGAGCUGGAAGAGCAUCUGGAUAAGGUGGUUGCUGUUCAGUUCUGUAAUAAUGGAGACCGCUUGAGCUUCGUCAGCGGCAGCAGAGAUGGGACGGCGCGGCUCUGGCGGUAUCAGCAGCAGGAGUGGAGGAUGAUUGUGCUGGACAUGAGCACCAGGAUGAGCGAGAACAACUUGUCCAGUCCAGAGGAUAAAGGGACCAAGCUGAAGGUGACCAUGGUGGCCUGGGACCGCUCCGACACCACAGUCAUCACCGCUGUCAACAACUUCAUGCUGAAAGUGUGGAACUCCCACAGCGGGCAGCUGCUGCACGUCUUAUCAGGUCAUGAUGAUGAGGUGUUCGUCCUGGAAGCGCACCCCUUCGACUCCAGGAUCCUCCUCUCCGCCGGCCAUGAUGGCAACAUAUUUGUCUGGGACCUGGAGAAAGGAACAAAGAUCCGGAAUUAUUUCAACAUGAUUGAAGGUCAGGGACACGGCGCGGUGUUUGACUGCAAGUUCUCGCCCGAUGGGCAGCACUUUGCCUGCACGGACUCCCAUGGGCACCUCUUGUUGUUUGGUUUUGGGUGCAGUAAAGCUUAUGAGAAGAUCCCCGAGCAGAUGUUCUUCCACACGGACUUCAGACCACUAAUCCGAGACACCAAUAACUAUGUUCUGGAUGAACAGACGCAGCAGGCCCCGCACCUUAUGCCGCCACCAUUUCUGGUGGACGUCGAUGGAAAUCCACACCCUACCCGCCUACAGCGCCUUGUACCGGGGAGGGAGAACUGCAAAGACGAACAACUGAUCCCUCAGCUCGGAUACGUAUCCAAUGGUAAUGGAGACGUGGUGGAGCAGGUGAUCGGGCAGCAGACGGUCAGUCACGAGGAAAGUAUCCUGGAUGGUCUGAUCAGAGAGCUGCAGAGGGAGCAAGACCACAGACAAACAGAGGACGACCCACCCGCGGACAACAGGGCCGACCCCAGCAGUGGAUUUGUAAGGAGUCAGAGCCUGGACCUGUCGUCACCGCCUAAUGUCGGCCUGCGCCGCAGCGGACAGAUCGAAGGAGUCCGACAAAUGCACGAGAACGCCCCGAGAAGCCAGAUGGCGACUGAGCGAGAUCUUAUGGCAUGGAGGAGGAGGGUGGUGGUGAACGAGUUACAUCCUGGUAUCAGCAGAGUGCUGGAGGAUUGCCGAUCUGCUAAGGGUGACAUGGAGGUCCAUCUGUACAGCACAGAGAAGAGGAUGAAGCCGUCUCACCCGGUGCAGAGGAGUGAAUAUCAGGUGUGCAGCGGGCGUUCCCUGCGGAGGGUACAGAAGAAACGUCCUCACGCUUACCAGACCCGAUCCAACAUGGAGCACGAUUCUCAGGCCAGCACCGCUACCACGAACGGGGAAGAUUCUCAGAGCUCUCCAGAGGAUGAGGAAUCGCGUGCGUCCAGUGAUGCGUCUGAUGGUGAAGUGGCUCCUCCAUGGCAGACUGAGAGCUCCUCUAGCGACACCUCCAGCGACUAUUCAGACUGGACGGCAGACGCCGGUAUUAAUCUCCAGCCCCCGAAAAGACAGACGCGGCAGACGACACGGAAGAUGUGCAGCAGUUCUGAGGACGAGAAUCCCACCAAGGAGGAGGAUCGGCAACGGAAACGCAAGCAGACGCGGAGAAAGAAGCAAAAUGAGUUCCUGUCUAUGGAGGGGGAGCCCUGUGAAGAGUGGAUUCCGCCCCAGUGGAUCCUGGAUACCAUUCCGCGACGCUCUCCUUUCGUCCCUCAGAUGGGAGACGAGGUCAUCUAUUUUAAACAAGGGCAUGAAGCGUACGUGCGAGCCGUGAAGAAGGCGAAAAUCUACAGCGUCAACAUGCAGAAGCAGCCGUGGAAUAAGACGGAGCUCAGGGAACAGGAAUUAUUGAAGAUUGUGGGGAUAAAAUAUGAAGUGGGGCCCCCCACAUUGUGCUGCCUGAAGCUCGCCUUCCUGGACGCCACCACUGGCCAGAUGAGCGGAGAAUCCAUCUCACUCAAAUAUCACGAUAUGCCGGAUGUCAUUGAUUUUCUCGUCCUCCAUCAGUUUUAUAAGGAAGCGAAGGAGAGGAACUGGCAGAUCGGUGAUCGCUUCCGCAGCAUCAUCGACGACGCCUGGUGGUUUGGCAUGGUGGAGGGUCAGCAGCCCUUCCGGAUGGAGUACCCCGACAGUCUGUUCCAGUGUUACAGCGUCCAUUGGGACAACAACGAAAGGGAGAACAUGAGCCCGUGGGACAUGGAGCCGAUCCCAGAAGACAGUACGCUCGCUGCUCCAUAUACUAUGAUUCCUCUUCCGGACGAAGUUGGCGCCGGCGUCCCGGUCACAGCGGAGGAGCUGAAGGCGCUCCAGUAUAAACCACAGGAAGGCGAGUGGGGAUCGCAGUCCCGAGAUGAAGUGUGCGAGCGCGUGAUCCGCGGGAUCGACCAGCUGCUUGACCUCGAGUUCACCAGCCCGUUUAGCGCCCCCGUGGAUCUCGGCGCCUAUCCUCUGUACUGCACGGUGGUGGCCUAUCCGACCGACCUGAGCACCGUGAGGAAGAGGCUGGAGAGUCGUUUCUACAGGAGGAUCUCUGCACUGAUGUGGGAGGUGCGUUACAUAGAACACAACGCCCGGACCUUCAACGAACCAAAUUCUCCCAUUGUGAAAGCUGCCAAGAUUGUGACGGAUGUGCUGCUGCGAUUCAUCAGAGAUGUGGACUGUGAUGACAUUCUGGAGAUUUACAAGGAGGUGAAGUGCGAGGGCGUCAGCGAUGUGGAGGAGGAGGAGGGUGAGAGCGCGGCGGCUGAUAUGGACUCAGAUGGUCCGGGGACCUCCGCAGGACGAGCCAUGAGUAAACCUCUGAUAACACGACGCACCAAGAGGAAUCUACUGAGAUCUAAUCCCGAUUCAUGGAAGGACAAGUGCAAGGAGCUGCUGGACCUGAUCUACGAGCGGGAGGACUCCGAGCCCUUCAGACAGCCGGUCAACAGAGUCUCCUAUCCUGAUUACCAGGACAUCAUUGACAAUCCAAUGGAUUUCAGCACCGUCAAGGCCAGACUGGAGGCCGGAGAGUACAGCGAUCCACUGGACUUUGGGCAGGACGUCCGACUUAUCUUUAGUAACUCCAAAGCUUACACUCCAAACAAGAAAUCCAGGAUUUACAGUAUGACUCUCCGAUUAUCUGCUCUGUGUGAAUCCUACAUCAAAGACAUCAUCUCAGACUACAAGCUGGCCAUGCAGCUGCAGCAGCGGAAGAGACAGCGCUACAGGAAGAGGAUCCGCAGCAGCAGCAGCAGCAGCUCCUCCGCCUCCAGCAGAGCCACCAGUCCAAAAGGAAAACCGAGGAAGAUUCAGCAGAGGGUCCUGCAGAGUAACCCCCUUCCCCUCCUGAGGAGCAGCUCUUCAUCAUCCUCAUCAUCCUCCUCCUCUUCCUCAUCAUUCUCCUCCUCCUCCUCUGACAUGUUGGACUCCCCGCCGGAGCCCGGCCACGUCUCUGCAGAUGAGGAGAUGGAGGAGGAGCCGUCGUCUUCCAAACCAAACACCCAGAACAAAAGCGACACCGAAGAAGAAGCAGCGAGCAGCUCCAGGGCCAAGUCCUCACCGGUGACAGCCGAACUGACCAAUGGGCCACUAACAAAUGGCGAAGACGCGCCAAAACCCAGAAGAAAGCUGCUGAGCUCCUCCUCCUCCGAAGAAGACGGAAGCCAAGGGGAAGAAGAGAAGAAAGUGGAACAGGAGAAAGAAGAGGAGGAGGACGAAACCAAGAAACCACCGCCCUCACCCUCCGCAAGCGGCCAUUCCGAAUCGAGCCAGAGUUCAAAGAGCGGGUCAGAGUCCGAAUGCAGCUCAGACCCCGAAUCCUCAGCCAAAUCCGACCAGGACUACGUAGACGGGGACCAUGAUUACACCAAAGUAUCACGGACAAAGCUCAAGAGGAAGCGAGGGAGCACUACAAGUGAUGGCAAACCCAAAGGGAAGGGCAGAGGCCGGGGGAGGGGCAGGGGAAGGGGCCGGCCAAAGAGUUAUCCCUUACGAGGUGUCGAAGUCAAAAAGGGGAGAGGUCGUGGCAGAGGGAGGGGAACCCCAAAAAAGGAACCGCCCCACAGUCCAGCAGCAUUACAGCAACUAACGGACGAGGACGUCAGCGAGGACCAUGACGAGGACGAUGGAGACAAGAGCGACUAUGCAGAGCGGGAGAGGAAGAAGCCGCGGAUCAACACCCGAAACCAGGGCAGGAGGACAGUUCUGUACAACGAUGACGACUCCGACAACGAGCCCGAGGGCCCACUGCAGGUCGAUGACCCCUUAAAUCUGGGCACCUCCAGAUCGGGAAGGGUGAGGAAGAUGACGGAGAAGGCCAGGGUCAGCCACCUGAUGGGCUGGAACGGCUGACAGCGGCCGACACUCUCCCCAACGGACUCAUCCACUGCAGGGAUUUUACCGGAAAAGAAAUUCCACGUAGUAUAUUUUUGGGGUGGAGUCGGACUGUUUUACUUACUUGGUGCUUUUUUUUUUUUUCUUGAUGCUGUUGUCAUAAGUAUUCACGUCCCGUCAUCUUUUAAAGGGCCAGCCUUAUUCGUGAGGUCUUAAGACAAUAUAUAUAUUUACCGCCAACACUACAGAUAUCCGGGGGGUGCAGCGUCCUGCGCCCCAUGAACUCCGCACCGCCGUGUUUUUUGUUAUUUUCUAUAGAUCGUGACGACAGCUUUUUCAUGUGUAUCAUAGUUAAGCACCUUUUUAUAGAGAUUUUAUAUGGUUUUGUGACUUUAUGCUUAAAGUACAGAAAUUCAUAUUUUUUGCACAAGACUCCAACCCAGAUGGCAGCUCCUAAAUGUUUACAGUUUUUACUUUUUCUUUUUUUUUAUUAUUUUUUUGGGGGGAUGGGGGGGGGGGGGGGAUCACAAUAGACAAAACUUCCAAUGCCAAAUGUAUUAGCGCCCACGGGGGUCAGUCCGCUUCUCGUGUUGUGUUUUUUUCGGCUCUCUGUAGUACCUGUGCCUUUGUAAAUAUGAUUUCCAUCCCUCUCUGCAUUGCGCCUCCUGGUGGUUACCGGAAGUUUCGUAGCCAUUUUUUUUAUUUUUUUUUUGCGUUGGCAGCUUGAAAACUACCUCUGACGCAUCGGUUGCGACUGUGAACUAAGAAGGACGCGAGUCCCGGGGUGGGGGGUCAGGUCAGAGUUUGUGCGAUUGUUACUGAGGAUUCGGGGUGGCGGUAUAAAGCCGCUGUAGACGCGAGUAUAUUGUGGGCGGGAGGGGUCUCUAUGUUUUGCACUUCGGAGCUGCAGAUUUGUGACUGUUGCGUUAAGGUGAUAUUUAUUGUAUCUAUGUGUAGGCGGCUGAGCCUGGUGCUCCUUUAUGGCUUCUAUAGGCUCAAGUCGCCUUUUGCGGUGGCGCUCGCUCCUUAUUUCGCCAUUACGGGUUGAUCUCGUUCCGGAUAAAAUCUGCAGACCCCGGUUCUGGUUGGAGAUUGGAUAGGCGAUGGUCAGGGAGAUGUCUAGGUUAAUGUACGCGUCUGUGGUCAUUGGCGGGAAUCACAGGCUAGGUUUCGUACCGCGGCCGGUGGUGCCGCCAUGUUAAAGCUACUUUAAUUAACACUUGGUGCAUAAAAGUGGGGGGGGGGGGGGGAGGGGGACACUCAUCUUCUAUAGUGUUUCCACAACCAGGGUGUCUCACCUGUUGCAUCCAAAGGCAUGCAGGGAGUUGUAGUUUUUCCGAAAGCUGGGGGCACACUGGUUGGAAAACACGGAUCUAGAUGAUCCUUACUUUCCCUAAAAGGUAAAUCAUGGCUUCCCCCUUGUCUCAGCCAGAGCAAUGUCAGUGCUUAGGGCAGUGUUUCCCAACCAGGAUGCCUUCAGCUAUUGCAAAACUAGAACUCUCAGCUUGGGGCAGACUAGUUGGGAAACACUGAUCUAUAGAUGAUCCUUAAUUUCCCCAAAAGGUAAAUAAUGGCUUUCCUAUCCUCUCAGCAACAGCAGUGCUUAGGACAGUUUUUUUCCCAACCAGAUGGCUGGGGUUGUAGUUUUGCAACAGCUGGAGGCAUUCUGGAGGAAACGCUCAUCUGGUUGGUGAGGGUCAGACUUUUUAGCCCCCUCCUCCCAUUAUAAUAGAGCAGCAUUUGAACAUGUGACCAACCAACUCAAUGUGCCGGACAAAGCAAAACCAAAAUAGAGUCCACAGAGCUGAAGGGAGGAGAAGCAUCGCGUCCGGACCCAUAGAGUUAAAUGCACAUGUCCGACAUCCCCCCCCCCCCCCUAUUUUCUGUCCCCUUGUUUUAAAGGGGUACUCCAGAAGAAAAAAAAGUUUGUGCCAGAAAGUUAAACAGAUUUGUAUAGG